AACCGUCUCUCUCUCUAAAGCCCUCGUCUCCCCGUCUUCCCAACUUCCCAAGUCCUCUCUCUCUCUCUAACACACGAAACCCUAGCCGCCCCCGUAAUCUCCUUCGUUCUUCACUCCCCAACUCCCCGACCACGAUCUCUCUGUAGUCGAGCUUGAGCUUGGGAUCCCGCGGUCUGAGAGUCUUCAUUCUAGUGCCGAUGCCGAAAAACCUCGCUUUUGUUCUGCGCUAAGGAUCGUGUAGCUUUUGUUCUGCGCUAAGGAUUGUGUAGCUUUUGUUCAGGUCAGAUUUAUUGCAUCCUUCUUCAAAUCUUUUAGGGUUUUAGUCAUUGCUGUAGUCACGGGGAAAAUACUGUAUAAAACGAAUCCAACGAAAGGAAAGAAGAAAAAAAAGAGAAGAGAAACGGUCAAAUCAAAAAUCUGAAAAUCUAUAGUUUGAUAUGAAAACUAGAGAGUAAAAAUCGUAAAAAAUAAACAUAUAUAAAUAUAAGACUAAAAAUUAUUUAUUGGAUUAGCCACCAAAAAAAUAAAUCUUGAAAUUGGUUUUGCAACAAAGUCCAACACUGAAACCUUUGUCCAAUAAAAAUGUCUUUAGAAUACUUGGUCGGGUUGUUACAUGUCCAUAUUAGACACUUUAAAUGACUUGCUAAGCAAUGCAUUGUAAAAAUUAUAUUUUAAAUAACUUUUCUUUUUUUUAAAUACCAUUAUUUACUUUAAAUAACAUCAGACAAUCCAAAUGUUAAUUAAUAUGGUGCUUAUUUAAAAAUCAAAGACACUGUUACGCAGCUAAAUUAAUAAUUUAUUCUUAUUUCUUCCUCCCGAAAGGCCUUUCCCUUCUUCGACCCAGCCUUCCCCCUUAUUAUAUUCCUUGCUCAUUUCUUCUUCAACCCGGAGAGACAUCGCUCUUCCCCAGCCCGCAGUGCGUCCCCUUCUCUCCAGCAUAUUUAACGUAUAAAUAAGAGGGCUCCUCUCUUCUCCAAUUUUGACGUCGACGAGAGAUGGUUACACCUCCAGAAUUCAUCGACGGUGGUUGGAACCGUAGAGGAAGACAAUUUUCAGCUAUGAAAGAAGAUUAGGAGGUACUUUUCUUACCAUUUCCUUUCCUUGUACUAGGAUUGUUGUUCUGUUUCAAACCUCAAGUCCUAAAAACAAGAGAACAAACAGUUUCUUAGAAUUGGACUUUUUCCUUGGAAGAAAGUCUGUCCUACUUUCUCGCUCAGUUUUAUUCAGAUAUGAUGAAGCAAAAAAAAGUAACUAUGGAAUAUUUAUACCUCAUGAUUUACAUUGCUUGGCUUAAAAGAAAAUUCUGCUAUGUUUUGCAAGAGGGGAUUGAAGCUUUGGGUAGAGUUGGGUAAUUCAAUGGGUCCGUCCCAAUUGCUGCAAAAUCCGCAGAAUAAUUUGCAAUUUCGAGAAUCCGGGCAUCAGAGACUAAAAGAUCUUAGAUCUGUUUUCACCACUUCACCGGCAUCCAUUCCAUAGCUUGGAUAAUACCUUAACAUGGUUCGACAAAAAGAUCCAUUUUGGAGGCAUGCAAAGAAUUUGGAAAAUGGUCGUCGUUUUUCUUGUAAUUAUUGUGGUGAUAAAUUUUCGGGAGGAAUUUCUAGGUUUAAAUGGCAUUUGUCUGGCCUUAAGUGUCACGAUAUUAAAGUUUGUGAUCAAGUGCCACGAGAUGUUCGUUUAGCAGUCCGACAAGUACUUGACACUUCCAAAAAGAAAGAUAUUCAAGUUGAAUAUGAAAAUUGUUCAGUUUCUUUAUCAUCGUCUGGUAGCAGGGAUUUGCCAAAUUCGGACAACGAUAAUGAUAAGUAUCAACUAUUGGAUAAACAAUUGGCCAAGUGGUUCUUCUUAUUUGCAAUUAAUCCUGAAGCCAUUGCCAGUCCCAUCUUCAGUGACAUUGUGACGAGUAUUGGUGAAUAUGGGUCUUGUUAUCGACCACCAUUUGUUGGUUUCCCUGAUUUGAUGGAAGAUGUCGAAGAAGAUGCCGUGAAAUAUGUUACAAAUUUUAGAAGAGAUCAAGUUCAAUCAAGUUGUGCCUUAAUUGUCGACUGUGGGAUGAUCUUUGGUUAUUCGCAAACAGGUACGGCAUGCUUGGAAACUUUUGACGAAGAGGGAGAAUUGGACUAUAUUUUUGAAGUCUUAUCUUUAACAAUCAAUUGUCUUGGCCCCAACCGUGUCCUACAACUAUUUAUAAGCAGCCCCUAUAGUUGUCCUGACAUCAGACGUGAAUGUGAGGUUAAAUAUCCGGGAAUUAUUCAAAGUUGUUGUGCUGCUGAAUUGUUUUGUAACUUCUUGCGAUCUCUGAAAUGGGAUUUGCAUUCUACACUCGGGUUUGUGAGUUUAAUAUGUUUUACUUGUUGGUAUUACAAACCGUCAUCAAGAGAAGGCUUGAAAAUACCAACAAAAAGUGGUGCAUUGAUUUUAUUUAUUCUCAAAUCAGUUUUAAGUAUGGAAGUUGAAUUGCAAGACGUUUCAUUUUCUAGUAUAAUAGGGUCGAGUGAGGAAGUAAUGUUGCUUGAAGAUGAGCAAGAGAGAGCAUCAUGUUUUAUACGUGCAAAACUUCUUGAUUACGUUAUUAGGCAAAAGGAGUUUUGGAGUCGAGUAAAAUCAGUAGCACAUGUGUGGGUUAUAUUAUUUCAAACUAGUUUGGUUGUGCGCAAGGACUCAAAUAUAGGAUACGUAUAUCAGAUGAUGGAAAGGCUAAAAGAUGGCAUUGAAAAAAGUCGUGAACAGGACUACUUCAUGUUUGAUCGUAGCUGGAAAAUGUUCGGUGAAAUGCGAAAGAAGAUGAUUCAUCCAAUACAUGCAGCUGCAGCCUUUUUAGAUCCGGCUUAUAUGUAUAUGGAUAAUUUUGAGAUGAAUGCUGAAAUGAAGGCUGGUUUAGAUUAUAUGUUUGAAAACAUGAUUGAUUCAGAUGAAAAAGAAGCCUUCACAAUGGAACUACAAAAAUAUCGCAUGAAACUGCCGGAGUUAUUCACUGCUCAAGCAAUAACGAAGUUAAAAACACGGCAUCCUCGAAUAUGGUGGGAUCUUUGUGGAAAGCAUACAGUACCGGUAUUAAGCAAAUAUGCAAUUCGAAUAGUGAGUCAACCUUGUAGUAAUUUAUUUCGUGGGCUCUAUUCUGGUACUAUGAGUCAUGAACUUGAAAUGGGAGAAAGUAGGGUAAAUAGGAUCAAUACAAUGAUCAUGAAUGAAAAUUCUAGAUCAGUAAAAUUUGAGCCAAUCAUUCUUGAUAAACUUGGUGAAGACCUCGAUCCUUUUUUGGAUACUGAGUAUUGGCUUGAACGCUACAAUAGUGAAGUAUUGAAAAGAUUGAUUGACGAUGCUGUAGUCGAUUGUGUGAUAAAUGAUUCGAGUCCAUUUUGGGAUAAAGUCAAGAACAAAUGUGAUCUUUUAGGGAUAGGUAUUUUAGGGUUCAAUAUAUAUUUGUGAAGAUAUAUAUUUGUAAUGUUGCAUAGUCACUUUUGCGUAUUUCAUACGCAUUUUAUUGAUAUUAUCGGUUAGUUUAA